GUAAUAAUAACUUUUUUGGCUCCGAAGCUCCCCUGCCUCUUCUUCCCUCGGUCAUUCCGAUCUCCUCUACGACCACGACCACGACCACGGCCAACCACGCCUUCCAAGUUCCACCUCCCCCCGCCGCUUGGUUGGUGUGUCACUCCGAUCCCACAUGUUAUCUCGUGGUCGACCGUGUCUGAAAAGACGUAGUCUAUCUACCGUCUUAGACACCGUCGCGGCUAGUCCCGAAGAACCUCUCCUAUUCCUGUACCCUCGCUGGGUGGGUUCGGCUGUACGACAACACCGGAGACUUGUUUCCUCGUCGUCGGGUCCUUCGUCGUGUGGAAAUGGGAAUGUAUAUAACACUGCUGCUGUUGGGAGGAGGACGGUAACGAAACCGUCCCCGCCGCCGCCGCCGCCGGCCGGACGAAAGCUCUCGUUUGGGAGCUCGUCGAGACGGUGGGUUUCGACAACGACGACGGCGGCGGAGGAGGCUGUCGUUAAGACGGAAGUGAAGCAGGAUGUUGUUCCGCCUGAGCAGGGGAAGUCGGCGGCGGCUCCGCAGAAAGGGAAACGUGGUGAAGAGAAUGCCAAUACCGGAUCGCCUGCAUCUAUCUAUAACCAAUUAGACAAUGACCCGGAAACCGAGGUGAAGAGCGAACGACAUGUCUUCAAUAUCUUCUCCGAUUUACAGACGCGAACUGUGCAGUCGACGAUGGGCCGGAAGGGUAUGAGAUCGGCUGCUGGUGAAACGCCCGCUAUUGCGCUGAAGCGACUAUCGCACCGCGACCGACGGAAGUUGAGAUAUCGGCUGUUUUUGACGAAGCAGAGUCAGGGUCGUGAUAAGGCGAAGAAUAAUCAGUGGAAUAAGUGGACGAAGAUCCGGGAGAUGUUGGAGGAGAUGCAUGAGGAUACGCAUGUCUGGGCGAAGAAGGGCGUCAAGCAGAAGGAAUUGCUCGUGCCGGAGGAGACGAUCGCGCUGUUGGCCGGCGUCACGGACAUGGCGUUGAAGGAGAAUGUUUGGUAUGUGCCGGUGCAUAAUGGGUGCAAGGUGCAUGUGCUGCGUCCGUUGCAGAGCCAGGGUCGGUUUCGGAGAGUGAUUCUGUCUGGUUCCGAGCGGGUGGUUGAGUUGGUCAGCGAUAGGAUUGCGCAGGCGAGGAGACUGCAAGAGCAGAGUGACCCUCUGGUCGAUAUUCAAAUCCCGCUUUUCCCGAUUAUCCCGUCUAUUGAAGCGAUGAAGCGUCAGGGUGCGCCCGUGCCGCUGGUUCGAGGUGUAUGGGAUAUACAAUCGGCUGUCAAGCAGGCCGCGAAGCUGCAUAUGGUUCUACCUGCUGGGAAGAAUUUGUCUGGGAUUAGGGACUUCGCGGAACAUGUGGAGGAAUUGACAAGGUCGAAACCUUCGUAUAACUCGAAGAUUCCCUAUUCGCACCAGAAGCAAGUGGCGCGGGCCCUUGUGCAGCUGUUUCGGAAUGAGGCAUAUUCCAGCUUUAUGUCGACGGCGGCGCUGAAUCGAGCGCUGUCAUAUCUGCUCGACCAUGAGUUUCUGAACGCCGCCCGCGACAUCUUCCUCAAGUCCGAACACCUUGCGACGGUGGAUACCUUCAAUAUCCUCCUGAAGUCUGCGGCUAAGAGGCAAGACCUCCGCUUCUUCCGUCAGUUCUUGCUUGCCAUGUCUCGACUGAGCAUUCGGCCUGACCCCAACACAUGGCUCACCCUGCUGGAUUGCCUGGUUGCUCCCAAGGCGAAAGCAGAUCUCGUCACGUAUAUGCUGCAGCGCGGGUACCUGGAGAACAUGGGUGCGAUGCGGACGGCGCUACACCUGACCCUGCCCAACACGUUCCGAGCACACUUAGAAAGUGGCAAGAGCGUGGAUUCAUUCAUCAGGCAGACCGCUGACUCCUGCGGAGAUAGCUGUUUCGCUCCAUCUCUGAUCAGCCAGAUGUUCGGUGUCAUCGUCCGGCUGAAAGACUUUGCUGCCCUGGACCGGUUAUUCGACAUCUGCAAACAGAACGACCUAACCUUCAACAGUGCUACCAUCACCCAAAUCCUGUCUCUGUUCCGAGCAGACAUGCCCACCGCUCUGCGCUAUCUUUUCCGAUGCCUUGAGCGCCCGGAAACAAAGCUCGAACGGCACGCAUGGGAGCGACUCUUCCUGGUCGCUUUCAAAGGCCAAUACUACAACAUCUGCCGGGUCCUCUGGAGGUACGCGUGCAUGUCCGGAAACGUGACAUACAAGAUGAAGCGCACGGUCGUGACUUCCUUGAUCCGCAAUGUGCCCCGAAAGCCCGAGACCAACGUCCACACGAUCUGGGAUGUGAGUGCGGGCAAAGUCAUCGUGGGACUGGACCUGCACCGUCCCGACCAUAAGCUCCAGACCACCGUGCUCGACAAGCUACCCCGGGAGUAUCGCACCAACCCCAUCGCCUAUUUGAGUUCAGGCUACAAGCCCAGCGGCGAAGAGCGGGAGCAGCAGAUCCAAGUGGCCUCUGCGCUCACGCAGCAUGAUAUCGAGAUCGGUUCCUGGCAUCGCCCGCAGUUUCCUCUGCUGAUUAUGUUGGAGGCCGCCUCGGUCUUGGAUCAAGAGUGGCGGAAGGUGCCGCGGCCGGUACACUGGCUGGUCCAGAAUGCCAUUCGCGUGCCGGUGAGGAAGUCGAUGUAUCCGGCUUGAUCUGUUCCCUUGUUAUUUGCUCGAUUGUGGCUUCACCAUGGCCCUGUUAUAUAUACACAUCUUGUACAUUAUGCCCUCCCUCCCGUCCACCUCACAUCACAUCACAUCACACUCUGUACAUAGACCUGGAACCACCCCACCACAUAGAAACCCAAAAGCAAUAGAUUGUAUCUAUAAUAA